AUGGGCAGUCAACUUAUGGUUGCCUUCUCGGCAUGGGAAGCAGCAAGAGGUUGCAUCUUCCCCAAGGACAUCUUGAGUAAGAGGAAGAAGAUUAUUGUGAAUGGCACUCUCUUUUGUAAGAGGGUUGCAGAGUUGGUCAAGCACCUCCUUUUAUCGUGGGAGAAGAAUGCUGAAACACUGGACUUUCUGGAAGCAGCCGAAGCAUGCCUUGAAAUCUGCCGUUUACACGGAGUACCUUUGCUGAUAAAUGACCGAAUUGAUGUUGCCCUUGCCGUUGAUGCUGAUGGAGUGCAUGUUGGCCAGUCUGACCUGCCUGCUCAUGUUGUGCGCACCCUUCUUGGCCCUGAAAAGAUUAUUGGUGUCUCAUGCAAGACACCGGAGCAAGCCCAACAAGCAUGGAUUGAUGGUGCUGAUUAUAUUGGUUGCGGUGGAGUUUAUCCAACUAAUACAAAGGCAAACAAUCUCACUGUUGGAUUGGAUGGAUUAAAAACUGUUUGUACAGCCUCAAAGUUGCCAGUUGUUGCAAUUGGUGGUAUUGGAGUGUCGAAUGCUGGUGACGUCAUGGGAACUGGUUCACCCAAUCUAAAAGGUGUUGCUGUUGUAUCAGCUAUGUUCGAUAGGGAAUGUGUUUUGACAGAGACAAGGAAGUUGCGUGCAGUACUUAUGGAGGCUACGUCUUCUGUGAAAUAA